GUUUUGCGUCUCGAUCUUGACGACGCAUGACUUCUUUGUCGCAAUACCCGCUCCCAGCCCGUGAAUUGCGCAAGCGCCCGACUUCAAUAUGAGAGGAAAGAGAUCGAAGCAGUACCGAAAGCUCAUGGAGCAGUUCUCCAUGACCUUUGGGUUCCGUGAGCCAUACCAGGUUCUUGUGGAUGCGGAGAUGGUGAGGGAUUCAUGCCGAUUCAAGAUGGACCUGGCCCCUGCUUUGCAAAGGACAGUCCAUGGACAAGUCAAGCCCAUGAUUACCCAAUGCGAGAUCCGAAAACUCUACGCCCAAAACAAGGAGUCUGGUGUAGGCGAGGCCAUCGAUCUGGCCAAGACACUAGAGCGACGACGCUGCGGCCAUCAUCCCGACCAGUAUCCCGAGCCGCUGAGCACAGAAGAGUGCAUGAAGUCAGUCGUCGACCCGAAGGGCACGAACCAAAACAAGCAUCGUUACGUUGUCGCCAGUCAAAGCCAAGAAGUCCGAAGAAUGCUACGAGGAAUCAAGGGCGUUCCCUUGAUCUACAUCAAAAGAAGUGUCAUGAUUUUGGAACCAAUGGCGGAUGAGAGUGUGCAGGUUCGGGCACGAGAGGAGAGGGGCAAGUUCCGAGCUGAGCUUAGAGGUUCUCUGGGCAAGAGAAAGCGAGACGAGGACGACGAGGAUGAUGAGAAGGAUGGCGAUGAGAAGCCUAAAGGUGGCGCCGACACCAAAGCAUCACAGGGAGAUGACAAGAAGAAAAAGAAGAAGGGAUAUGGGCGAAAGGAACCAAACCCUCUCUCCGUCCAGAAGACAAAGAAGCAGGAACAACAAAAGCGAGAGCGGCUUCGAAAGCCAGCGGAGUCGGAGAAGAAGGAGUCUGAACAAGAAGGACCGGCUAAGCGCAAGAGACGGCGAAAGGCCAAGACUGAUAGUGCGGCAACUGGGGAGAGCCAAGAGAGCACAGCUCCGGUUGAGGCCGCGAGUGGAGAUAGUUGAGCCGCAGGGUUCUGGACAACAGAGUGAGGGAGAGAUUGUUGGUAGCAUGGCGCAUUGAGGAAAAUGAUCGUUGAUCGCGUUGUAAUGUACGGAUAACGUGCUCGCGCACCGAUACCCCCGAGAAUAGAAACAAUGGUUUGGAAGC